AUGUCUCCUACUUUCGCGGUUCUCGUCAAUCAGGUUCACCGUCGAUUUCACUCAUUCAUCACCAUCAGGUUUCUCGUUGUGUGGUUAACCGCCUCUUUGGGCUUCGCAGUCCUCGACUUCGUUGACCCCAACUGGAAGACUACCAGCCCCAUCUUGUCCACUGGCCUCUUCACGUAUUUGAUAUGUCGUCUGAUUGUGGCUUGCCAGAGCCGCUGA